AGGUGCUGGGGAGCCGCCUGGAGAGGCAGGCUGCCUGGGACAUGAGACUGGCAGAGUGGGAAUAGGCUGGCCCUCGGCAGGGCCCACCCGGAGCACCAGUCCUCUCCGAGGCACCCACACCUUGGGGAGCUCACCAUGCUGCUGUGGGUCCCACAGAUGCUGCUCACCUUGCUUCUGGGCAUGCUCCUGACACAGGGAGAAGCCAGGCACAGCGGGGGCCUCCAGGCCCAUAAUACCUCCAGGCCCGCUCUGGGGAGGCUGUCAGAUUACCUCUUGACCAACUAUAAGAAAGGCGUGCGACCCGUGCGGGACUGGAGGAAGCCAACUACUGUAUCCAUCGACGUCAUUGUCUAUGCCAUCCUCAGUGUGGACGAGAAGAAUCAGGUCCUGACCACCUACAUCUGGUACCGGCAGUACUGGACUGACGAGUUUCUCCAGUGGAACCCCGAGGACUUCGACAACAUCACCAAGUUGUCCAUCCCCACGGACAGCAUCUGGGUCCCCGACAUUCUCAUCAACGAGUUUGUGGACGUGGGGAAGUCUCCAGAUAUCCCGUAUGUGUAUGUCCGGCAUCAUGGUGAGGUCCAGAACUACAAGCCCCUCCAGGUGGUGACCGCCUGUAGCCUGGACAUCUACAACUUCCCCUUCGACGUGCAGAACUGCUCACUGACCUUCACCAGCUGGCUGCACACCAUCCAGGACAUUAACAUCUCCCUGUGGCGCUUGCCAGAAAAGGUGAAGUUCGACAAGAGUGUCUUCAUGAACCAAGGCGAGUGGGAGCUUCUGGGAGUGCUGACCCAGUUUCGGGAGUUCAGUAUCGAAAGCAGCAACUGCUAUGCAGAAAUGAAGUUCUACGUGGUCAUUCGCCGGCGGCCCCUGUUCUAUGCUGUCAGUCUCCUGCUGCCCAGCAUCUUCCUGAUGGUCAUGGACAUCGUGGGCUUCUACCUGCCCCCGGACAGUGGGGAGAGGGUCUCCUUCAAGAUCACACUCCUCCUGGGCUACUCUGUCUUCCUGAUCAUUGUGUCUGACACGCUGCCAGCCACGGCCAUCGGCACUCCCCUCAUUGGUGUCUACUUUGUUGUGUGCAUGGCUCUGCUGGUGAUAAGCUUGGCUGAGACCAUCCUCAUCGUGCGACUGGUGCACAAGCAAGACCUGCAGCAGCCUGUGCCUGCCUGGCUGCGGCACCUGGUCCUCGAGAGAGUUGCCCUGCUGCUUUGCCUAGGGGAGCAGUCAACUUCCCAUAGGUGCCCAGCCACCUCCCAAGCCACCAAGACCAAUGAGUGCUCAGACAUGGGAAACCACUGCAGCCACGUGGGAGGACCUGUGGACUUGGACAGGACCCAGAGGGGCAGAGGCAGCCCUCCCCCACCAGUGCGGGAGGCCUCCCUGGCGGUGCGUGGGCUGCUGCAGGAGCUGGCCUCCAUCCGGCACUUCCUGGAGAAACGGGAGGAGAGCCGAGAGGUGGCCCGCGACUGGCUGCGCGUGGGCUCUGUGCUGGACAGGCUGCUUUUCCGCAUCUACCUGCUGGCGGUGCUGGCCUACAGCAUCACUCUGGUCACACUCUGGUCCAUCUGGCAGUAUUCCUGAUGGGUAUAGCCCAGCAGGGGAAGGUCCUGCUUAGGAUGGGAUGGGAGAAUUUCAGGGCCCAGGGGAUGCCAAGGACGUUCUCAAGACACAUGUACAGUUCCAUCCCUGUUUCCAAUGCCAAUUCAUCUCUGCAAUCCCAAACCUGGGCCUCAGCUCUUCCCCUCAAACCUUGAUGUUCAAGACCCUUACGUCCUCUCCCCCCCACAUACCUGCCCAUUAUGGUUUUAAAACCUGUUGUCUUAGAUUAAGAGAAGCCUGUGCAUCCCCUAACUUCAUUCUAUAUAUCUAUGCAUCAAGCCUCAGUUUCCCCAGGGGCACCUCCCUGAAUAAGAUACUUUAGAAUUCUGCUCAUCUCCCUCAACCUUGUUUUUAGAAACUGAAGGCAAACCAACUCUCUGCUACUGGGGCCUGGUAACUCUGCAUUAGGUUUAUCUAACACUAAUAUCUCCCUCUUUAUCUCACCUAUGACCUC